AUGGAGAUUUGGUAUCAGCAAGUCAGUUUCUUAGCACAUGUCAUCUUCAGCUGCAGUGGAAGCUUCGAAUAUCUGGACUAUGCUCAGAAAUCAAAAGGGUUGUUCGUAAUAUCUCAAGAGCAACGUUUGCGGAACCUCGACGGUGCAAGCGUCAAACAGGACGUGGCGACUUGGAUGCAAUCUCAAGAGGACUUAGAUGCCUGGAGGCGGAUAGAGUCAAUCAAGAGAACAGCGUUUGCGGCCUCCAGUCGAAUUGUGGGAAGCAGUUACAUUGGAAGAUUGGAACAAAGAGCGCGUCAAACAAGGUACAACUAUAUUGCUCCUGGUGUCAAGGCAGGUACUGAGCAGGACGCAGAUUUAGAUCCGAAUCCACCGAGCCUGGACACCUGGGUCGAAAUAUUGUACAGAGAUGGGACCGCCCCAGGGACUCUUGGUGGGUUCUCGAGACUCCUGGUCAUGCUGGCCAUUUCUCAGGAUAUUCGCGAGUAUAUUCGAGCUGCCGAAAAGUUUCGCUGCCUCCAAAAUAAGGAGCAUCCGCACUCCAGAUCGGAAUGGACCGAUCUUCUCUCGAAAUGUUACGAACGGCUGAUCCGAACACCUUGUUCUGAAAAGACUUGGCCGCUCCAUCAAGAGCUCAUCUCUCAAUCCUACCACUGCACUAUGAUAUCUCUUCACGUCACCGUUACAGAUCUCUACACUUUUGUGGGAUACAAGGCAAACUACCAAGAAGCUGAUGUGACGAGGCACCGUCUCUCGACCUGGAUGUUGGAGCAACCACAGAGCAUCCAGGUUGCCCUUCUCCACGCCAUUCAGAUAUUCGUGCAAAUGCGAACAAAAAGUCCGAAAAGUCCUCAUGCCUCAUUGGUCCUGUGUCUUGCAGUCUUGACGAUUUGGGUAUACGUCGAGUUGAAAAUCGGGCCACGUGGAAUGGAGCUUGGUCGGUGUUUGGAGUGUAGGAGGGACUUGCUUGGCAGCCUGGACCACUGCUGCUUGAAGGCGACCAUUGGCCACGAGAUAUCGGGCUUCGAGUUGGACUUGAUAGAAGGCGCUGUGCCGGUGGACCGUCUCGUCCGUGAAGGCUGCGACCUUCUGAACACAAAGCCUGCUUGGCAGCUAAGUCAUGCGGUGGCAUCUACCAUCACGUACUGUUACCAGAGUAUAACACGGUCGAGAAGAGCUGCGUGCAAUCCACCAUGA